ACUGUCGGGAUGCGAUGAGCGAGAACACGGACCGUAGGGAGCAACGGCUGUAAUGGAGAUGAUUUAAUUUCCAUUGAAAGCUAACGGAAAGAAUUUAAGCAUGAUUAAAAGGGGAUACAUUUAGCGACUGAGUUCAGCUUGAAGCAACAGAACUUGUCUUCCUGGUCUAUAGAGAAAGAGUUAUAAAGAAUAUGAUCCGUCACUGGCAGUCAUCUGCGUCUCUACAUUAUCCCAUUGGAUCUCCAGUUUGUUUGCAGCUCUCAUCAGACGUUUGGAUGUCAGAAUUGAAAGUGUGAAAGAGUUGAAUGCCUAUGAGAGUAAACAGCAGAAGCUCCAAGCAGAAGCCACAGUCUUUGUGGUGCGAGAAGGAAUUGUGAGUCUUGACUUGGGAGAUAUGGCAGAGCAUGCUGAGCUGCUAGCAGAGAUGGCAACUAUCGGCCGCCUCUCUGCCACUGAGCGCCUAAAGCAUGCACAGAAGAGACGGGCACAGCAGCUGAAAGGCUGGGCUCAGAUGGAGAAGGACAGUGCCCGUACUCAAAAGGGCAACCACAAGGGAGAUGGGGUGAAGAAAAGCAGAAGGGUGACCUUCAACACCAGUGUAACGUUGCUGGAGGCUGCAGCCAGGAAUGACAUAGAGGAGGUACGACAGUUGCUCAAUAAUGGAGUCAGUCCAGACUUGUUCAACGAAGACGGGCUCACUGCACUUCAUCAGAGCUGCAUAGAUGAUUUUUUGGAAAUAGCCCGCUGUCUUCUGGAUGCGGGUGCAAACGCGAAUGCAUGUGACAGUGAGCUGUGGACCCCUUUACAUGCAGCGGCCACCUGCGGACACACUGACCUCGUCCAGCUGCUGAUAGAAGCGGGUGCAGAUCUGUUAGCGGUGAAUGCAGAUGGAAACAUGCCGUAUGAUCUGUGUGAGGAUGAGGCUACGCUAGAGCUCAUAGAGAUGAUCAUGGCAGAGCGGGGGGUUACCCAGGAUAGAAUUGAUGAAUGUCGUGGAGCCAAGGAGAGAGCAAUGUUGUCUGACCUUCAGGAGCUGGUUGCGAGUGGAGCUGACCUGAAUGUGAAGGACGAGCAGGGGGCCACUCUGCUGCAUGUAGCAGCUGCUAAUGGAUACGUGUCAGUCGGAGAGCUGUUGCUGGAGCACAGAAUAUCUCCUAACGAUAGGGACACUGAUGGGUGGACGCCACUCCAUGCUGCUGCCUGCUGGGGACAGAUUCAGAUGGUGGAGCUGCUGGUAGCUAAUGGUGCAAAUUUAAAUGCCAAGUCUGAGCUGGAUGAGACGCCUUUUGAUGUGUGCACUGAUGAGGAGGUCCGGACCAAAAUGAUGGAGCUGAAACACAAACACGAUGCAAUCAUGAAGUGUCAAGACAAACACAAGAGCACAUUGCAGAGACUAGUGUCCAGCACGGGCAGCAGGGGUAAAGUAGUGAGGCGCACCAGUGUGAACGAGCGCAGCAGUCUGUACCGCAGAGAGCAUCAGAAGGAAGCCAAAGUGUGGCAGGAGAGAGGAAGACAGACAGAGGCCCUGGAGGAUGAUGAAGACAGACAGACUGAUGCUGAACUGAACCUGCACGUUGCACUGGUGUCCGGCUCUAAUGCAGCCCCUGUUCCUCCAUUAGAGGUUGGUGAAGUGGAAAAUGGAGCUCAAGUUCUGGGGAAUGGCAGCACGGCUACGUUUUCUUCCUCCCUUCCAGGAGAACUCCAGGGCGGGGGCCUCAUGGAUCGCAGUGCCUCCUAUCAGCUCAAUCCAGCUUCGGCUACUGCCGACGACGGGGACAGCAUGAGCAGAGAGAGAUCUCACCACACGCUUGCAGAUCUCAAACGCCAGAGAGCAGCAGCUAAACUGCAGAAACGUCCAGCACCUCCUAUACCGCUUGCUGCAGACCCUCAAGAUGAGGUCGUUCCUAAAGGACCCCAGGGACCUCUGGAGCCCCCCGAAUCAGUACAACAGGAUGUGUCCCCCAGUGCAGUGUACUUUACCCAAGCUAGUGGAGAUCCACCUCUGCUGAAGCUGACAGCCCCAGAAGAAGACACAACUAAUACAAAAGAGCCAUGCUGUGGACUCAUGUAGAAGCAGUGGACGAACACGUCUGCUUUCAUGUGAUAGUUCUUGUGGACAAACUAGAAUUAUAAGGCAGGUAUGUGGAAAUGAGUUUCAUGUCCAAGUCACGCUUUCUCUCACAAUAGCACAUAGACAGAGUGAAGCGUUUUCAACACUAAUAUGAAUAAUUUGAUGAAGGACUGUGUAGCUUUCUGAAUGGAUGACACAAGAAAUCCAAAGAAAGAACACCAAAGUGUCCACAUUUAGAUAGUUUCGUGGAUUAAUUGCAUUAUUGCAGUAUUUCAAUCUUUUAAGAUCAUAUCAUUUUAUUUUAAUUAGUUGUUAUGGUCAUUAAAGUUUUGAAGUAUUGGCUCAAUUGUUCAAUACAUAGAGAAAAAAACACUGAGCACUUUACUUGACCAAACUUUCAGCAGUCCUCUUAACUUUGAUGGAGAUGAAUACUGAUCACAAAAAAAGCACAUAUGAAAAAAUUGCACGGAUCAAAAUAAAGUUGCAUUUCAUUCACAGUUCUAUUGUUUAUUGCCUUUGAGAUCUAACUUAAGCUAACUGUAAUGCAAAUAAAUAAUUACAAAAUGUUUAUUUUAUAAAAAUAUGCACAAAGUCUGUGUACCUUUAGAUAUUGUUCUUACCAUAUUUUUUUUAAUUUUUGUUCAUCACACUUUGUUGUAAUGCAUCAAUAGAAAAAAUACAACCAAAAUGAACAAUACAGUAAAUACUUUUUGUUCUGAACACCGUGGCAUCAUAUAUAAAAAUUAUGCUACAGCUUUAAUAUUUUACUCAUAUUGUGGACAGUGAAUUAGUUGCUGGAUUCUGACUUGUUUAAUAAUUUAAUAAUAAGAGGGUUAGUUUCUAAAAUAUAUUAAAAAACAUAAUUUUUUAUCUGUUUUUAAAACAAAAAAAACAACUGAAUUCAAAUUUUUCCAAUAAAAUAGACAAUAAGUAUGCAGACCAAACAUUGAUCAGACAGAAAUUUGAUUUUAGUGUGAUUUCAAUUUAACAAAUGUGUGAUGAAAAAAAUAAAAGACUGAUAGGCCUAUGGAAAUGUGAUGAAUGGUUUAUGCAUUUUUCCAUUUUGAAGACUAAAAAACAAAUGAACUGAAGGUACACAUAGCAACUGACUAAACUGCUACAAUGGUCAUAUUAAAACCUUACACCAUUACGCCAUUAUUCUGUCUAUUCAUUUUUUGUUUUUUAACCAUGACUAGAAAAAAAGGAUUCUCAAAGGAGAGAUAUGCAUGUUUAUUUUAUAGAUCACAUGAAAUUUUGUAGAGGUAAUUUUUAUUUUUAAGAAAUGGUCAAAUAAUAAAUAUGAAUACAUUUUUAACACAUUUAUAUAAAUUAAAAUGUAUAAAUAAAUAUAUAAAAUAUUUUUGCUUCUGAUACAGAAACUUCUAAUUAAUUGCAAAGAAAUAUAUGUGUAAUUAAUGUUUCAUACAUAUGUAAGGCAUGUGAAAUAUAAUAGAUUUUUUUAAAAACUAUAGCUGUAUAAUUCUAAAAAUAUAAAUUCAGUGUAUUGAUGCCAAACAUUUCUCAGUGAAAGCAGUAGGUAACAGUCCCCAAUAAAUUGAUGCUUUUUGCAUCUGUAUAUUAAUCGCAAAACUGAUGAAAAUGAAAAUGAUUUUCACUGAACUAAGAAUUUUGUGUAAGUAGAAUGAGCUUGUAUCUGCAUGUGUUAAAACCUUUAAAGAUCUGGAUUUCAUUUCUAAAAGGAAUGGACUCAAAAGUGCGAAGACCACAGAUUUUUAACAGCUUAAGUUAUGGUGUAUGUCACUGGUUAAGCUAUUUGGUUAGUUUUAUAUUUUUCUUAUGAAUAGUCAUUGAGAUUUAAACAGAACGAGUGAUGGAAACACUGUUUUUGUAAUGAUUUAAAAAAUAUCUUAUAUCAAGUGGUAGAGCAUUGCACUAUGAACCGCAAGGUUGGGGGUUCGAUUCCCCGGGAACACAUGAUAGGUAAAAAUUGAUAGCCUGAAUGCACUGUAAGUCGCUUUGAAUAAAAGCGUCUGCUAAAUGCAUACAUUAAAUCUUAUGUUUUGGCACUUUUUUUGAGAAGUUUAAUAAUGUAGUGUUGCUUUAUUCAUGAGAAGAUUAACCUUUACUAUUUGCCAUCUGAUAAAUAUAUAUAUAUAUAUUAGAAAAUAAUGUUUUUUGCACCUUGUUUACCUCUUCUGAUCCCAUCAAGUGCUCUAGUUCUUUGUUUUGAUGCUUCAGUCUUAGAAUGUCAAGAAAAUGUGUCAGUGUCCUUAAUGCAACUACCAAAGAGUUUUGUUCUACGAGGUUUGGCUUGGCUAUUUAGCAACAGCUUACAACAAUUUACAUGCAUAUGCAUAACUGUAAAAUGCUUGUAUUGAUUUCAUUGAUCUUUUUUAUUAUUUAUUUCAUAAACUUUGUAAACAGUUUGUGUGAUGAUAUUCUAGAUAAUUUCGGAUGUAUAGACUCGAUGAAAUCAGAUGAUACAUGACAUUAUUGAGAUUACGCAUUUAUCAGAUAUCCUGCCUAUUUGGGAAUUACAUACAAGCGACUUUAUAUACUAGAAAACUGACUGAAAUUGAUAUUCCAAAAUGUGACAACUAAUUGUACUACAGAGUCAUUUCUAGGUGCAAUGGUCCAUUUGGAUGUUGAAGUCUAUAUUUAAUAUAAAUUGGUAAACACUUUUUCAGGGUUAUUUAUUUUAGCUUCUUUUUUUUUUCCUUUUUUUUUUACUUGAACUUGAAAUAUCUCUGGACUGUGUAAUCUGGACUCUACUGUGAAACACGUGCAAAUAUUUCAUCUUGAUAUGCAGUGUUUACUAUAGAACAGCACAUUUCACAUUAUAAAAUGCCUUAAAAGUAAAUGUUUGGUUUUUCGGACAUCCAUUUUGUACAUUUCUAUGUAAUCUACGUGCUCUGAUAAAUUUAACACUGAUGUCUGUAAAUAUAUUGUUGUGACUAAAACCAAGUUUGAAUAAAAUGCAC